AUUAUACGUAUUAUGUCAACAUAUAGUCAGAAUAAAUUAAAAAAACUGGCAAGCAUCCACUUUUUGUGAUACUAGCUAGUAAAGAUUUCCCAGCAUACUUUGCGUACUUGUAACGAAUUUCUGUUCGACUUCAGAUUUUAAGCGCCAUUUUCGAGUGGAUUUACUGAGCUGUGACAAUCAUAGAAGCAGUUAUUUUAAUAGUUUAAAAUGCCUUGCAAGACGUCUAAAUCCUCUACUGCAGCAAAACCUAAAGGGAAGACACCACAGCUGCACGAUGAGCCCAUGGUAGAUGUAGUGGAGACAGAAGUGGUUACUGAAAAUGGGGACCAUCCUCCAAAAGACAGUGCUUCUGAAGUUCCAUCCGAGACCGUUGAUAAUCGAACUGUAGAAGAGAUUUUGAGUAGUAUUCCUCCUCCUCCACCUCCAGCAAUGACCAAUGAAGCAGGGGCUCCUCGUCUUAUGAUAACGCACAUUGUAAACCGGAACUUUAAAUCUUACGCAGGGGAGAAGAUUCUUGGACCUUUUCACAAGCGUUUCUCCUGUAUUAUUGGCCCCAAUGGCAGUGGCAAAUCCAAUGUGAUUGAUUCAAUGCUGUUCGUUUUUGGAUACCGUGCUCAGAAGAUAAGAUCAAAGAAACUGUCUGUUUUGAUACACAGUUCAGAUGAGCACAAGAAUAUAGACAGCUGCAGUGUGGAAGUUCAUUUUCAGAAAAUAAUAGACAAGGAGGGCGAUGAUUAUGAGGUAAUCCCAGGAAGCAGUUUUUAUGUAGCCAGAACAGCUUACAAAGACAACUCUUCGACAUAUCACAUCAGUGGAAAGAAGGCAACAUUUAAAGAUGUUGGAGCUCUUCUUAGAAGUCAUGGUAUAGAUCUGGAUCACAACAGAUUCUUAAUUUUGCAGGGUGAGGUUGAGCAGAUAGCUAUGAUGAAGCCAAAGGGUCAGACAGAACAUGAUGAAGGUAUGCUUGAGUACUUGGAAGACAUUAUUGGAUCUGGACGUUUGAAAGAACCUAUUCAAGUUUUGUGCCGCAGAGUUGAAAUACUUAAUGAGCAGAGAGGGGAAAAGCUAAAUAGAGUAAAAAUGGUAGAGAAAGAAAAAGAUGCUAUGGAAGGAGAAAAGAAUCACGCUAUUGAAUUUCUUACUUUGGAAAAUGAAAUUUUUAAGAAGAAGAACAGUAUUUAUCAGUUCUAUAUUCAUGAUCUUCAGAACCGAAUAACAGAAAUGGAGGGACAAAAACAGAAGAUACAUGAGGAUACAAAGCAUGUCAGUGAGAAGAGCAGCAAACUUGCAGAAGAGAUGAAAGAGAAAAAUAAAGCGCUGAAGGACAUUGAAAAAAAAGUAAAUAAGAUUACAAAAUUUAUUGAGGAAAAGAAGGAAAAAUUCACUCAGCUGGACUUGCAAGAUGUUGAAGUACGAGAAAAACUUAAGCAUGCGAAGAGUAAAUCUAAGAAACUGCAAAAACAAAUGGAGAAGGAUAAGGAAAAGGUUGAGGAACUGAAAAAUGUACCUGCCAACAGUGAAAAAAUAAUUGCUGAUGCAACGUCUAAAGUUGAAGUACUUGAACAAGAAAAAGCAAUGGAGGAAGAGAAAUUAAAGCAAGUUAUGGAUAGCCUUAAAAAGGAAACACAAGGCCUGCAGGAGGAAAAAGAGGGAGACCUCGGAGCAAUUGACGAGAAGUAUGAUGUGGCAAUCUCUUCCUCCUGUGGUGCCCUGGAUCACAUAGUUGUAGAUACCAUUGAUACAGCUCAGGAAUGUGUAAACUUUCUGAAGCAUCAGAAUAUUGGAGUUGCCACCUUCAUUGGUUUAGAUAAGAUGAAAGUUUGGGAAAAAAAUAUGCAUGGAAUCUCUACUCCUGAAAACAUUCCACGUCUUUUUGACAUGGUGAGAGUGAAAGAUGAGGCAAUUCGUCCUGCGUUUUACUUUGCAUUACGUGAUACUUUAGUAGCUAAUAACUUGGAUCAAGCUACUAGAGUUGCAUUCCAGAAGGACAAGCGAUGGCGAGUCGUAACACUGCAAGGACAGGUCAUAGAACAGUCAGGUACAAUGACUGGUGGAGGAGGAAAAGUUCUAAAGGGCAGAAUGGGAUCUUCUUUAAUUGUUGAUGUUCCUCAAGAAGAAAUUGAAAGAAUGGAUUCACAGCUGCAGACUGAUAUGGAAACAGCUGUGAAAUAUCGAGAAAAGAAAGCAGAAUUGGAAGAAAAAGUAGCUAAGCUUCGCCGAUCACUUCGUGAAAUGAAAAAUACCUUAGAAAAGUAUUCUGCAAGUAUCCAGAGCUUAUCGGAGCAACAAGUGCUUUUGAAAGUUCAGCUGAAAGAGCUUGAAGCUAAUGUAGUUGCUUCAGCCCCUGACAAGAACAAACAAAGCCAGCUGGAGAAAACACUUGUGUCCUUCAAAAAAGAUUACGAAGCAGCAGCAAGUAAAGCUGGUAAAGUAGAGUGUGAGGUUAAGAGACUUCACAAUCUUAUCGUAGACAUAAAUAAUCACAAACUUAAAGCUCAGCAAGAUAAAGUGGAUAAAAUAUGCGGGGAAAUUGACGCAUGUGUUUCUGAGAAAACGAAAGCACAGGUCGCUAUCAAGACUGCAAGCAGAAACCUUAAAAAAUCAGAGGACACCGUCUUGCGUACAGAGCAGGAGAUCACUGAAAAUGAAAAAGAAAUUAAAGAUUUGACUGUGGAGCUUGAGAAGCUAGAGGAAAUGGCCACUGUUGUGAUGAAGGAAUGCAAAGAAGCAGAGGGUUCAUUACCUGAAGCUCAGGAACGGCAUCGAAAUCUAUUGCAGGAUAUCAAAACCAUUCAGGAAAAUGAGCAUGGCCUACAAAAGGAAGCUUUAAAUAUUAGACUGAAGAUAGAGCAAAUUGACAGUCAUAUUGGAGAACACCAAUCAAAAAUUAGAUAUUGGCAGAAAGAGAUUUCAAAACUCUCACUACAUCGUAUAGAAGACAAACCUGCUGAAGAAUUGCCCAAAUUGAACAAGGAGGAUCUUGAGGCCAUUAAGGAUCCUGAUAUUAUAAAUAACCAAAUUGCAUUGCUCGAAGCAAAGUGUUUGGAAAUGAAGCCUAACUUGGGUGCCAUCGCAGAGUAUAAAAAAAAGGAAGAACUUUACCUUCAGCGAGUUGCUGAGCUGGAUGAGAUCACCAACGAGAGAGACAAUUUUAGACGGGCCUACGAAGAUUUAAGAAAGCAAAGGCUGUAUGAAUUCAUGGCUGGAUUUAAUGUAAUCACUAACAAGCUGAAAGAAAACUACCAAAUGCUGACACUGGGUGGAGAUGCUGAACUUGAACUAGUAGACAGCUUGGAUCCGUUUUCUGAAGGAAUUAUGUUCAGUGUUCGCCCUCCAAAGAAGAGCUGGAAGAAGAUUUUCAACCUUUCUGGUGGAGAGAAGACUCUGAGUUCUUUAGCUCUUGUUUUUGCUCUGCAUCAUUACAAGCCAACUCCACUUUAUUUUAUGGAUGAAAUUGAUGCUGCUCUUGACUUCAAAAAUGUCUCCAUUGUUGCAUUUUAUAUUUAUGAACAGACAAAAAAUGCACAAUUCAUCAUUAUUUCUCUUCGUAAUAAUAUGUUUGAAAUUGCAGAUAGACUUAUUGGUAUCUAUAAGACACACAACACAACAAAGAGUGUUGCAACAAAUCCAAAACUUAUCCCCUUUAAAGAACUGGAGAAAGUGCAUGCUGCAGGAUGUUGCUAAAGUUAUCCAUAUUGCAGUCCUCUUAAUGAAAUGGGACAUUUUUAAAUUGAAUCUUGGAGACUUUUUUUAAUAUGUAUUAUAUUUUCACAGUAUUUAAUAUAGAGUUUUAGUACAUUUUUAUUGCCGACAUUCAAAUAAAGAACCAAUAAUAUUUGUAAUGUAUUUUGAGAACAAGUUUUAUUUCUAAUGGUUUUGAAGCUAUUGUAUGUGUGUAUGUACUUUUGUGUGUUAAUUUACAGGUCUUUAGUUACUUUGAAAAGUGGAAUCUUGUGACUCAUUAAAAGAGCUGUCAGCUUCAUUCAGGCUUUCAUGACUCUUCAUCUUACAAUACUUGUGUAUAAAGAAUUUUCUUUGAGAUAAUCUGUCAACAGUCCUGUAAUAAUUUGAUCAUCAUUCACACUGCCUCAGUGAUGUAUGGUUUCUUUGCCUGCACAAUACAACCCCACACUGGCAAUUUACAAGAAUUUAGAGUUCCCUCCUCUGACACCCUGUAACAGGGGAUUGGCUAAACCCCUCCUAUCAGAGGAAGCCUAAUCCCUGCCACAUGAAGUCAGUUGCUCAGUUUUAGUUGCAGCUGCAGGAAUUACACAGCUGAAUCUCCUCAGCAGCCUGCGAUAGUGGAUUGCAACUUUUAAGACCCAAUAUUCCUUUGGGAACUUGCCUUCCACUUUACCGUUGAUUUUUUUUUUCCAUUUAAGUAUGUAAGUUAACUUUUUUUUUUAUUAUGUUUUCUAUUUACUACUGCUAAUUUGUCUGAAAAUUCUUACUGCUGUUUGUAUGCUUGCUUAUGCUUUUAAGCAGUAUGGAGCUUUUCUAAAGUGCUUUAUGACUUGUACUGCAAAACUGAAAUUCUGUGGACUGCCUACUGCAUGUUGAGCCACAAUUUAAUCAUGCCUGUUUAUCUGUUUCAUUUUGAAGUUCUGACAGAAAAAAUAUAUUAUUCACUUUUUUCUUAAUGUGAUAUCUACCACAGAUUUAACAGUUAUAAACAUUUUUAUUGUUAAAUCAUGAUUUUACUGCAGACUGUUUUGUUUGCAUUUCAUUGGACAACUUUUCAUUUCUGAUGAGGAAAUUUCUAAGUAAAUGCUUAUUCAUGCUGGUUUAAAA